AUGGGGACCACGACUGCGCAAUGCAUUAGGGAAGUCACAAGAGAGGUAUUAGGGGUCUCAAAGGGUUACUCUGGUUGUCACAGGGGAAAAUGGUGGUGGAAUGGAGAGGUGCAAGAAAAAGUGGAUACGAAGAAAGCAGCGUAUCUAAAGCUAGCAGAAAGUGUAGACGAGAAGGAGAAAAGGGCGAAUAGGGAGCAUGAUAAGUUGGCUAAGAAAGAGGCAAAGCUAGCAAUUACGGCGGCCAAGGCUGCAGCUUUUAGUCGUUUGUAUAAGGAACUCGAGGGCCGAGGUGGGGAUAAGAGGUUUUUCAGGGGGUAUGGGGAGAUUGAUGAAGCUAUUACACAUCAUAUUAGGGCGGGAUGGAUGAAAUGGAAACUCGCUUCCGGUAUUUUGUGUGACAAGAAGGCACCACCGAAAGUUAAAGGUAAGUUCUACAUAGUGGUGGUCAGACAAACGCUGGUAUAUGGGGCUGAGUGUUGGCCAGUCAAGAUCGCUCAUGUCCAUAAGAUAAAGGUAGUAGAGAUAAAGAUGUUGAGAUGGAUGUGCGAGCACACCAGGUUAGACAGGAUCAGAAAUGAGGCUAUUUGCGACAAUAUGGGUGUGGCCCCUAUUGAGGACAACAUGCGAGAAACGCGGCUUAGGUGGUUUGGUCAUGUGAGGAUGAGGAGCACAGAUGCCCGAGGGCCUACGGAGAGGUAG